AUGCCCGGGGGGAACGGCUCGGUGUGGGUGGAGUUCGUGUUCCUGGCCUACCCCUGCCGCCCCGAGCUGCGGGCCCUGUCCUUCCUGGGCGUGGGCCUGCUCUACGCGCUGACCGUCGGGGGGCAUGUCCUCGUGGUGGCGGCCAUCCAGGCCGACGCCCGCCUGCACACGCCCAUGUACUGUCUCCUGGGCAGCCUCUCGGGCGUGGAAGUGUGCUACACGGCGACCGUGGUGCCCCACAUGCUGGCCAACCUCCUGCAGCCACAGAAGACCAUCUCCCUCCCGAGCUGCGCCACCCAGAUGGCUUUCUUCAUCGGGCUGGGCAGCGCCGACUGCUUCCUCCUGGUCGUGAUGGCCUACGACCGGUACGUUGCCAUCUGCCACCCCUUGCGGUACCCUCUCAUCAUGACUUUAACUCUUUGUGUUCGCCUGGUCGUUGCUUCCACGCUCAUCGGCUUGGUCCUGUCUUCACAGCUGGUGGCCUUCAUCUUCUCUCUGCCCUUCUGCCAGGCUCGGGGCAUCGAGCACUUCUUCUGUGAUGUGCCACCCGUGAUGCGCCUCGUCUGCGCCAACAGCCACAGCCACGAGCGGUCGGUGCUGGCGGCGGCCACACUGGCCAUCGCCGUGCCUUUCUGCGUCAUCGCCACGUCCUACGGCUUCAUCGUGGCGGCCGUGGCCAAGCUGCGCUCGGCAGGUGGCCGCCGCCGGGCCUUCUCCACCUGCUGCUCCCACCUGGCCGUGGUCCUGCUGCAGUACGGCUGCUGCGCCCUCACCUACCUGCGCCCCGACUCCGGCUGCUCCCCCGGGCAGGGCCAGCUCAUCUCGCUGGUGUACACACUGGGAACCCCGCUGCUCAACCCGCUCAUCUACACCCUGAGGAACAGCGAGGUGAAGGGGGCCAUCGGAAGAGUUCUCCCCAGGAGCUGUCUCCGCCAGGGGAGGGCACGGCCCAUCGGGAAGGGUUUGGCCCCACCCCACGCGAAUCCCGGGGCACCUAAGAUUCCGCUCGGUUGA